GCAGCCUGCCCGACGAUAUCGUCGCUCUCGAUAUCGCGGUGAUUCUACUUUUUUUUUCCCUUUCCCCAUCCUCCGUCAAGAGUCGGACUUGUUACGCCGCGAGUUUUCCUUUUCGCGUUCUAAUAACGCGGGCAUGCGCACCGUCUCUUUUUCCAGCCACCGAGAAACGCGUAUAUACAAGGCACAUCUUGUACCUUGGAAUUGAUACACACUGUACAUACGCGUAGCAGGUACGAAGGUAUAGAAUAGGACGAACGUGUGUUUCCGCGCGCACAGAUAAGGAGACAGUCGAGAGACAGAGAGCAAAAGACACGCACGCUAGAUCGCUACUUACUCGGCCACGUACGUUCGUGAAAUAUAAUACGGGAGCACGUGUAUCCAUCCGGAGGGACAGCUGAAAGAACGCACGCACUUUCAAGUAACAGCCAGUACGUAAAAAUUUAUGUGAUUUCAUCGUCGACCGGCCUCUUCCAAAAGAAAAUAUAUAGCAGCGAGUAUCGAUGUAUUCAUUCGAAGAUAUUUUAUAUUUUAACAGAUAAUUUAACGAGGGAAAUAGCGCGAUGAUACGCUCCGGCGUGAAGGAAAUCCAAGUUGACGGGAAUGCGUUUCUGGGAAAAGGGUGAGCCGAGCGGUUCUACCCAUUUUUGUUGGAGCGGCCUUGUUUUCGGUGCGUCGGCAAUUUAUCGUGAAACGCAGAGGCGAGGAGGCACGGCAGCGGACAACACAUCGGGCCAACAACUUUAUGCCGGUAACCGGAGCCGGAAACCAGAACGCAAAAGGAAGGCGCAACAGGGAGCUAAGAACACUUCCGUUUCUCCCAACCGAGGUCAGGCUACCGCACUUUUAUCAGGAUGUUGCCUGCCAACGUGGUAUCCUUCGUCAAAAAGAUGGUGACGACGCAGCCGGAUUCGGGAACAACCGGAUCGGUUACGCCGGACGAAGGCGGCACCACGUUCAGCAAAUGGAGGCAAUUGGGAAGCGGCGUGAUACGGGACGUGACGAAAUUCGGUCCCGCCAAAGUGACGCCGGUCGAGGAGACUCAACCUAAAGAAGAAACGACCACGGAAUCAACGAAAACGAAGUCGAAAACCGGGGACGAUUGCAGAGUGUGCCGGAAGUCGUUCGCCCCCGAAGAAGCCUCGAGGAUCUGCUGCGAGUGUCAACACAAAGUUUGCGAGGACUGUGCUUGCUACUCGACGACAACGAAUUCCGACGACCCGUCGUCUUGGAGGUGCAGCGUGUGCCGGCGGAAGCUCGCGUCCCGGGACCAACCGAUCGUGACGCAGGAAUCGACCGAUUCGUUGCUCGAGGUUCCGGUCCUCGAGGCUCUUCAAAGGAGGCACAGCGACGCGAGGCUCGGCUGCCAGAGCGGAAGCCAAAUCGGUGGCCUCGGCUCCGGAUUGGCGCCACCGAGAAGCCCCGAACUCAGAAGGCACUCGGACGUGUCGCCGGCCAGUUUGAAGGAGCUCGAAAAGUUUCGAAAGGUUGCAGGGGAACGCCGCGAGGAGCUGAGAUGGGAGCUGGAUCGGAGCAUCAGGUCCAGGGCGACCUCGCCGGAUCGUCACCAGGUCGAUAAGGGAAGGGCCACCAGCCCCCAGAGAGUUUCCGUCGUCCCGUCCUCGGUCGCUGGAGAGGCAGCGGACGUGCCGUUGGACGGGGACGAGGAGGACGAGCGUCGAAGGCACGUGAGGCGGGGUGGCACGGUUCGCAAGUCUCGCAUGACGAGGCAAAGGUCGUACGACGACGAAAUGAAGAACGUUGCGGGCAUGUCGGGAGGUGGAGCGCAGCACGCGCAUCCGGAGCCGGGCCUGGUGCUUCCUGUGCAGCUGCCCAGGCGGGCAUCGGCCUACGACGUGUACGCGACGCCAGGAGCGGGCGGCCUCAACGCCAUGGCCAUCGCGGCUGCCCAGCAAAGAGCAUCGAUCUCCGCGCAGGGAGGCAGGAAACCUCCGGAGGAAAGGCCGGCCACUCGCAGAUUGUCGUUCCGAGUGGUGAAGCCGUACGAAGUCGGAGCCGAAGAUGAAAGUAUGAUGAAUUUGGAGGCGUCCACUGUGCCGGUCGUUUCGCCAAAGGUCGUCCCUCCGCCUGUUUUGGGCCCUGACGAGGAACGCCGCACCAGACGAAGGGGCUCUCAACUGCCGGAUAUAAACGCCAUAAAGGGAUUGGCGUCUUCGGCCUCCUCGGCCGCGACAAAAGUCGCCCCUCCGUCGGCAGUGAACAGGGUCGCAGCCGAGGAUCGUGAAUUGGCACGGCAAGGAAGCCUCGUCGACGGGGAAAGCAUCAAGAUCGUUAUCCAUCACGCGGACAAUGACAUGACGCCCUGGGUGAACGCGAAAAGGAGAAUAAAACUGAGAAGAGACCCGAGUUUGGACAAAGGGCAUAGAACCGCUGGUUUCGGUCUAAGGGUGGUUGGUGGUAAAACAGGGACCGAUGGACGUACAUUUGCAUACGUGAUGUGGACUCUGCCGGAUGGACCGGCGGCAAAAGUUGGUAUACAACGAGGCGACAAGGUGUUAGAGUGGAAUGGAGUGUCUCUGGUGGAUCGAAGCUUCGAGGAAGUGGUUCAAAUAACAGAGCGGAACGACGAUGUGGUCGAUUUGGUGGUCGAGCACGUUGCCGACACCGGGGACCUGCCGGAGGAUUUAGCCGCGGCACCAUCUGGAAAAGUGCCGGGGAAUCUGGGACUGCUGAUGGAAGGGGAAACGGAUAAAACGCCUUCAUCACCGACGCGCAGGAAACUGCCAAAGACGCCGGAGCAGAUAGCGAAAGAGAAGCAGGUGACGGGCAGGAUACAGAUACAAGUCUCGUACGAGGCGGACCGCAAGGAGCUGAUCGUCUCGGUUUUCAUGGCGGACGACUUGUGCGCGAGGGAGGACACCGGAUACGGCACCUUACCGGAAGCGUAUGCCAAGUUGGCCCUGGUUCCGAUCGGCGCCGAUCAAAUUACAUUGAAAACCGUGGUCGCGGAGCCAAGUCAAAAGCCAAUUUGGAAUGCAACGUUGCUCUUCUCCGGGGUUGACGGGGAGAGCUUAAUGAAGCGGGCAAUCGAGGUGACCCUGUGGGAUUUCUGCCCCGACGGCGAUAACGUUUUUCUCGGCGAAUGCACCGUCGAUUUGGAACGGGCCCUCGAAAACGACAGAGCUGUUUGGUAUCGACUGGAAGACCCUCGUGGGCUUCGCGCGAGCAAAUCGCCCUACUGUUCCCCCCGAGGCUCCCUUUCCAUGGAAAUUGCCCAAAGGUUACUGCGAAAGACGGAGCUGCGCGAAAGAAGUUACAGCGACGACACGCAAAGCGACAGCGGAAGUCCGGAGCUCUGUUUCCUCCACCCGGAUCACGCUUGGCACGCAAAUUCAAGAAGAGGCUCCAGCCAAUCCGAGCAGCUAGAAGUCGAACCGUACGAACUGAACAGGGAUUACAGUAGAUCCUUGCCGGGCAGCCGAAGGAGCAGUUUCCAGAGCCAAGGUGGCACCGACAGUAAACGCGGAAGUAUGGGGGAGACCGAGAUGCCGACGAUACACUUCAACCGUGAUCGGCGACGGAGCUCGUUCACCAGGCCAAUGAGGGACCCGGAGGAAAUUCUGGAGGGUCUACGAUCGUUGAAAGCGGCCAAGAGGGAGCUUGGCAGGACGAUGAGUCUCUCGGGAGACAAAAGACGCGAGAGCCGGCGGGGUGAGCGCAAAGACAGCGUCAUGAAUAUUCCGGAGAGGUUUUACGAUCGCAACAGUGAAUCGGACGAGGAAGAAAAGUGGAGUCAGCCAACGAGAAAUGAAAACGGCGUUAACGCGAAGCUGGGUCGCGGACAGGUGCCACCAAAGGGAUUCAAGAUAACAGCUGGAGGUCAAAGUGGCGAGGUGAAACUGGGUCUCUGCCUGAGCAAAGGAACGCUUGAAGUCGAAGUUAUAUGCGCUCGAGACAUUUGUCCCGGUGAAAAAGAAGAGCCAGACACAUACGUGAAAACGUAUCUCCGAGACGGCGACAGAUGGCUGCAAAAGCGGAAAACACGGGUGGUGCGACACUCGAGGAACCCGCAAUACCGUCAGACCAUCAAGUACAGCAGCUGCGACGCGCUUGGAAGGAAUCUACUGGUGAUGCUGUGGGAGAAGAAGCAGGCGUUCGAAAGCAACCAAGGCUUAGGCGGGGCCGAGGUGAGCCUCGACCUUCUUCCACUGGCACAGCUGACCGUCGAUUGGUAUCCCUUGUUCCCGAUUCACACCCUCGGCACCCAUACCGCGGACUCCCCAUGAUGGCUGAGGGAAAAAUGGGCCCUCGAGGCGGGGGAACUCGAUCUAAGGCUGAGCCUCCUUCUCAAAGACGAGAACGAGUCUGUCGUGAAAAUUAUCUCCUGAUCGAGUCAAUCCACUCCACUCCGCUUUCCAUCUUUCGACCAACUCCCUUCCGUUUCCCCCUCCUUCCCUCCAUCCCGUUUCGUUGCUGUUCCACCAAAUACAUCCUCCUUCCCGCUUUUCCGCCAAUUUUAUUUUAGAAUCUUGAUCGAAGUCGAUCGAAGAUGCAUGAAAGUAUGGUUUCCAAUCUAAUUCGGAUUCCGCGAAACAAUAUUUUCCGUUUACUUGGUACAAAUACUCCGAUGGAUGGUUCCUCAUUCACCAGAGAUUCCCAAUAGAGUCGAAAUUUUUCCCCCUCGCUUUUAAUCGCAACUUUUUUAGCGCGGUUGAUUUUUAAACGAGUCCUCCGUACAUGGAAAAGAGAAAAAAGAAAAAAAAUCGAAGAGCAAAUCGAUAUCGAAUAUCGAACUCUCUACAGACCACCAAUUUUUCACCUUCCCUGAAUUCGUUCCCGAAUAUCCUCCAAGGUUCUAGCAAUAAGGACGUACCUGUGUGCAGAUCUAUCUCCACGAAGAAGAAGAAUCUAUUCGAAGCGAGCAAGAAAUUAAGAGAAAGAGAGAAAGAGAAAGAGAGAUUCUAUUUUUUUCAUGAAUUAUUAAAAGCAUGGAGGCAAAAGAGGGAGGGAGAGGAAGGAAGAUGCCACGUCUUGAACAGACGACGAGGGUCCAUUUUUCUCAUUAAUUAAGGAACGACAGUGUCGAACGAGAGACGAUCGACAUCUGUCACGGAAAACGCGCGUGCUCUGCUGGUUGAUCCAGAUUUGCGAUUCGAUCGGGUCUCGUGGAUAACGUACGAACCGAUUUGCAUACGGUGAAAUAAAAAAUAUAGUAUACACACGCGCGUGUUCACCACGAACAUGCGGUUAGCUACUUUUUUUUCUCGUCGAGCAACCGUCUCGAUACGUCGAUCUUCCCCUCGAAAUAAUCGAAACGUGAUUCACGAAUCACGAGAGGAAGGAAGGGGAAAAAAAAAGAAGAAGAAAGAAGAAGGGAACGGAGACGAGAUCGAGACGAUUCCUUGAACGAAUCGGACGAAUUAUUUAACGGUUCAGACAAUCGUUUUAAUCGGCUCGCUGGUCGAGCCGAGCACGAAGAGCGAUCGGUAAAUGGUUACCAGGACAAACUUUACGGGCGACAUGAAUGGCAAUUGGAAAAGAAAAAAAAAGAAAAAAAAGAAAAAAAAGAAAAAAGAAAAAAAAAAGAAAAAAAAUAACAAACAACUUUGGUGUUUAGAAGUACACGCAAUUUUUGUAGCUCGUAGACUGACAACAAACAGAGAUUCCUUUACACUCGCAAGUUUAAAUCGUAUAACAAUCGUAUCCGGAACGAAGGAGAAGAAAAACGAUCGAGAGGGCCGCUCGAAAAAAAAAAAAGAAAAAAAUUUUCGUCACUUUCUCCGUGUUCCACUUCGUACUCCAUCCCAGAGGGGAACGUACGCCGAUAUUCCGUAAAAUUAUCCAAUUAUAGACUCGUGGAAAAUUUGAAAUUCGAUUGAUAUCGAUCGAUAAUACGGAUAGCGGCCCUCCGACGCGUUAAACGACGCUCGAACGUUUCGUUCUUUCGCUCGUACAAUCGCGGACAAUCGUAUUGAUUGAAAACAAUUCGUGAUCUCAAGGCUCAAAUCUCGAGAUGUCCACGUCGUUGGAAGGGAAAAUUGGAAAAUUGGAAAGCGAAAGGAUCGAAACGCGAGGCGACAAAUGUAUGGACGACAAAAUUCGUCCAAAAGUAUUGCGCUUACCCCGCCCGAGUUAGAGCAGAACAGAAAAAUUAUAAUUAUAUAUAAAUAUAAAUAUAUACAUACAUAUAUAUACAUACACAUAUACAUACAUAUAUCAAAUAUAAAUGAUUCGAUACAUACGUAUGGGAAAAAAAAUGACGCGCGUGACGAAAGCAUUAUAAAGUUGCGUUCGCGGUACGAGAUACCUUUACGAGAUAAUUCUAGCACGAAGUAAUCAAACCUAAAAAAAAAAAAAAAACGUGUAUCGAUGGUUAAUAAUAGAAAUCGACGAUUUCGCUUCGACCAAGCCCCGAAAACAAACGGAUCUAGCCUUUAUCGUUGAAAACGAACGUUUAAUAAUAAAAAAAAAAAAAAGAUCGAAUCUCGAAAAUUAUUAUUCCGUUCAAAGAAAUGAUUCAACUUUUUGAACGUUUCUUUGAAAGUUUACGUUUCUUUUUACGUUUUUUUUUUUUUUACGUUUAUUUAUCGCGCUGUCCGAACUUUAGAGAUAAGAUAUUUAUCGUUUUAUAUUAUUUUUCCUAUAAAAAUAUUUUCGGAUUAUUCCGUCUCCCGGAGUUUUUUUUUUUUUAAUUCGUUCGAGUAAAACUUUCAACGGAGCAAUAAACGAUAAAAAAAAUAACACGGACCAUUCAACAAACAUUAUACGCGCGCGAUAAAGGUUAGAAAAUCCGUUUACCAGAUUACCAAGAAGGUGUCAUUAUUGGACGAUGACCUUCUCCCAGCGAUAAAUGGAGAAUCGUAUCGUGAAGAGAGAAAAGCAAUGGAUCAUCUCUUGGUCCAACUUGGCUAUCCGAUUUCUAUCGAUCGCUUCCGAAAUCUUUCGAUUCUUUCCCAUCUCGAAAAAUCUAUCUCGAAAAAUCUACCGUUUUAAUCAACCGAUUUUCGUCUCGAGAACUCGACUUGUAACGUCUUUCAACGACUUGAUCGUCGUUUCUUUUGCAAAAAAAAGAAAAGAAAAAAAAAUGUAAGCGAGGCAAGGAAUGAACAUUUGAAGAAGAAAGAGAAAGACACGAACAGAUUGUUAACGACGAAAAAAAAUCUGAUCGGCCUACAAACAUAUCCUAAACCUGUUUCUUUAAGGGUACAUCAGGCACGAGGACACUUUCGACGAUACUCUGCCUCCUCGAACAUGUCCUCGUCCGAUGUUUAAAUCGCACGGACAAUCCUUGUUGUGAACGAAUGCAAUCAUCUGUAAACCUGUAGACGAAAGGUUUCCUUCCUUUCUAAAAACGGCUAAGCACACACACGUUUUCUACCGUAUCUCGAUGCGAAUCUCUCGCGUCAAUUAUCGACCGCCAUCGUAUCGGUUGUCGCAUCUUGUCCCUAUUUUGCUCUUUUAAUUCUUUUUUCCUCUUUUUCGUGGCAACGCUUGCACUCGUCGGUCGUCGUCGUAAUACGAAGCUCUUCCCGAGAAGAGAUGAAAAAUUCGAAAAAUUUUGGGAUAAAUUUGGGAAGGGAAAUACGAUAUCUUUUUUUUAAUCCUCUGAAAGCUUCGAAACUCUCGUAGGAAUUAUAGAGGUCGACGCGCGGCGAUCACGCGGAACGACCUCGUUCCAUUUCGUUUCAUUUCGUUUCGUUUCGUUUCGUUUCUUUCUAAACCCACUAUUCAGCUAUUCUCUCGUCAAGGAACUCGCGAUAAUUAUUUUAACCUCUGGAAAACGACGAAACCGAGAAUUGUACGCGUAAACGGGAAGGAGAAGGAAACUGCUCUCCUCUCUCCGUCGUACACCGUCGUCACUUUUUUCUACGAAAAAAACGUAAACAAGAUUCAGCCUUCUGAUGUCGAGUACGAAUCGAGUCUGCCUAACUUUGUGACUACUAUAAUCGCCUACAUACAUAAAUACUAUAUAUAUAUAUACACACAUAUAACAUAGGUAUUUGAAUAUAAAAGAAAUCUAUAAAUAUAUAUAUAUAUAUAUAUACAUAUUAUAUAUAUACAUACAUAUGAAGAUAAGAACGCAUAUACGUAUGCCGUAUCGAAAUUGACAAUCGAGAUCAUUGAUCCAACUGUGUGCGUGUACUACGAGUACUUUUAGCGGAUAUCCCCCCAUUUACGUAAUUGUAAAUUAUGAUGACGGUCACGUGUCACGUGUAAAGUAAUCGUAGAGGCGUGUACAGGCAAUGCGCGUCAUCGAUAUAAUUGUAAAUGUAUGUACCUGCGAUACCCACGUACGUCACACGGGGCAAUCGAUCCCGCAGGAUAACACGGGGAGCAAUCUCGAGACGGUGUUUGUUUGAAAUUAAAUUUGCGCCGGGGAUCGAACGUCCCGUUGUUAAGGGGGGAACGGAGCACGGUUAAAAAAAAAAAAAAGAAAAGAAAAGAAAAAAAAAAUUAGGGAUUACAUCCAAGCAACAACCUCUUCCCGUACAUAUCGGUGUUGUAUGUACUCGUUCUAAGUAUCGAAAAGACAAUCUCGUCGCGGUCUAUGGCGGAUCCGGGCCACUGCACAUUGCGUAUCGAGGGUAAAAGAUUAAAAAAAAAAAAAAUAUCAAGAAAUUCGUGACGCGACUGAUCACUGUGAUCGAUACCGAUUAUUAACGAGAAUUAAGCUGAAAAAAAAAGAAAGAAAGAAAAAAAAAAAAGAAUUCUAAUUUGCUUUCGAUUAGAAAUAUACACACGGCUGAAUUUAACGUAGAUCCGGUUCAGAUAGUUAGAUAUCUGCCUAUCGCUGUGCACGUGUGCGUUUCUAUUUACGAAUCUCCUCCUCUCUGAGUAUAACUUUAUACCGAUCUAUAAGAUAUUUAACUCUUAUAAAAUAGGCGACGUUUCUAGAUUCUUAAAAACUUAAAAAAACUUGUUAUUACAUUAUCAACAUUUUAGCGAGUAUUGAUAAAAAGAAAACGAGGUGUGCCACGAGGUAGAAUAAUCGUGAAUUUUCAAAUUCUUUUUCUAUAACUUUAAUCUUAGAGAAAAACUGUUAGAUAGAAAACAGUGUUUCGAAUCGAAUGACAAUUCGAAAAUUCAACGCAAUUUCCGCUUCCGUUCACUUCCUCGACGAACUUCGAACGAUAAACUCGCACAUAAGUUCCCUUUGGCAUAGUUUCGUACAAACUUGUAUAAGUAAUAUGCUCAAUUACGGCCUAAAUCGUGGAAAGAAAAAGAAAAAGAAAAAGAAAAAAAAAAGGCAAGCGAGCGUGAAAAAUAUUUAAAUAUUUUCGAGGAGUGUGUUUGAUCGAUGAUAUCGCCAUCUUCAUUAGCCGCGAGCGCUAAUGAAAAUCGGUCGAUCGCUUGCAAAGUGCGUAAUCAACGCUUUAAAUGUCGAAAUCGAAUAAAAAAAUCUGAAAGCCGGUGUUUAACGGGUCGAAAACACUUGAUUGCCAAAGGAUGACAAUAAUCAUCCAAGACCUACCGACGAUGUUCAGUCGUUGAGAUCUUACAUCGUCUUGAGACGUACUCUCCUGCGCGUCUAAAAUAACGCAACUUCAAACUUUCGAACGAUCGAAAGUUUAUUCCAUUCUUGCAUGGCUCUACGAUCCAUCGUCCCUCGAUAUAUACGCCAUUUUUCGAAAAUUAAAUUCUUAUUAUAUCAAACUUCUCCCACAAUUGAAUCGACGAAUCGUCGUUUGAAAAUCUUUAGAUAAUAACUUUCAGAUAAAUAUUAUCUUUUAAAAUUUCUUAUCGUAAGCUAUGCGAGGAUUUCACACUUCUAUUACGUUUUUCGAACUUUACCUCUUUAACUUUUCCUAAGAAGCAACGCUUUUCUAAGAUAUUUCUGAUAUAGUGCUAAUAAUUAAGAGGGGGAAAUUCUCACGAGAUUCAACGUCGGACUUCGUGAAAUUCCGCGUGAAAAAACUAUAAAGAGAGAGAGAGUGUGUGUGUGUAUGUAUGUGCGAAAGAAAGAGGGAGAGAAAGAAAAAGAGUGUUUCACUUCUACUUUCGCUUAUCUUCUUACGUGCUCAUCUUUCUACUUGAAAAUUCAUUAUACUUGGAAAGUGUUCCAUUACAAUUGAGGAUUACGAAGUUCGUAAUAGACACGCUGGGUGAGGCAUCUUAAAGAGGUAGUUUAAGCGUAAAUUAGAUGGUGUAUCGUUCUAUACAGAAAAAUUUCAUGUGAUGUCCUUACGUGUUAAGUGUUGAUUGUCGCGCACAAUGUGGAUUAGAAUCACGGUGUGCGGUAGAACUUACGGGUUAAUCGAGAUAAAGAUAAAUCUUAGACUAACGAUCGACUAUGUUCGAUAGUUUAUUCUGUGGCGAUAGUACGUGUGUAAGUCAAGUAAAAUCGUAAUAGAAGCCCGUACGGAAGCGUCUUCACGUCGUGCGUUUAUAGGUUAUAUUUUUAUCCACGAAUGAUCAUCGACGGAAACAAACGAUUUCACUCUGCUUCUUUUUCCAACUUUCUUUUUCCUUUCCCCCUUCCCCAUUUAUCGUUUCGAUUUUCGAUGUGAAAACGCUUCUUUUAGCGCUCUCAAAAGAUUAAUCGAAUCCUCAAACUUUAAAAUCGAUCCUCGCACGAAUACACCCAGGCGACGAAAUCGCGAUCGCGAAAGGACACGUUCGGAAAAGAAAAUGGGGAAACAUCGAGAAAUCUCUUUCAUCUCUUCCUUGCAUUACACGCGCCAAUCUUUUUCUACCGUUUCGUAGAAAUGGACUUUUCCGUUCCAACGACAUCCGAAUGAUGAUAAAAAAAAAAAAAUCGUGCGUUCACGAUGAUCAAACAUUUCAUUCAAAUUCUAUCGAUUCGAACAAUCUCGUCCUACCGAAAAUGUUUGCCCCUUAUCGAUAUUCACGUGACGUGGGAAUACCUUCUAGGACAGUGUGUUUCAACCUUUUCAGCCCUAGAUCGUUCCUUGAUAAGAAGGAAAUAGUGAUAGAGCUCUGGUUCGCGAGUACAAAGUCCGUGAAAAAGUGUGCACGAGUAUGGUCGAGUCGAUAAUUCUAUCGAAUGUUGAUACAGAUGAAAGUAUAUAAUAUAUUAUAAUUUUAUGGAAAUGAGAAACGAUAACGAUAUGGAAUUUUUCCGAUUCCUUCUGUUAAUCCAAGUUUUAAGCGUACGUAAUUUUAUCAAAUGUUGCGGAUGAAAAUAUAAUUGCAGAGUUUAUCGAGAAAAAUAGUGAUACAGAGAAAUUUAUAAAUGUUGUCAAAGUGAACAAAUUAUAUGGUCAGAAUUUAACGCAGAUACAGUACACAUUAAAUCACCAAUACACAAUGAUUCCUCGUUGGAUAUCGUCGAUUUACCCUCUUUAAAACGAAAGAAAGAGGACACGAAUAAUAUACGAAUAAAUCUAUUAUGAUUUCGUUGCGAAAGAAAUAAAUUGGUAAGAAAAUAUUUUAAACGAAAAUUUUAAAACGAUACGUCGAAAAAUUCAAAUAUUUACGGAAUAAUCAAUGAUAUAUAUGCGGUUGGAAAUCACUGUUCUAGGAAUAAGAAUGUAACGAAAUGAAAAGAAAAACAAAGAAAAAAUUCAAUAAUUUUUGAUUAGGCUCGACACUAAAAGAAUACGAUUCGAAAAAAUGUACUUUGUGGAAAUUGUGUAAAAUGUCGUGUAAAACGUGUUUCAAUGAGAAUUGAUACGUCGCUGAUAAUUUAUUAUUGUGCGUAACACGAUGACUGAUUUUUUGUAGUAUGUAUGGGCGCAAUUAAAAUGCGUCAUGCGAGUCUUUCGAAUUUUUCGCCCAUAUUCCUCCUCUCGAGGAAACUUUGUGGAUUUGUGUACCCCCAUCCGUAACCCCAGCUGGCCUAUUCCCUUAAUAAGAAAGAUGUAUAAACGGAUAUUGUACAAAUACAAAUAUGACAAAAACGAA